UUCGGGCCAGCCACCGCCGCGCGAGCUAGAAGCGCCCCAGCCCGGCAAGCUGGCUCACCCGCUGGCCACCCAGCACAGCCCGCUGGCCCCUCUCCUGCAGCCCAUCUGGCGGAGUGGCGGCGGCGGCGGCGGCAGGAGAAUGGCAUCAGAACUGGCAAUGAGCAACUCCGACCUGCCCACUAGUCCCCUGGCCAUGGAAUAUGUUAAUGACUUCGAUCUGAUGAAGUUUGAAGUGAAAAAGGAGCCGGUAGAGACCGACCGCAUCAUCAGCCAGUGCGGCCGUCUCAUCGCCGGGGGCUCGCUGUCCUCCACCCCCAUGAGCACGCCGUGCAGCUCGGUGCCCCCUUCCCCCAGCUUCUCGGCGCCCAGCCCGGGCUCGGGCAGCGAGCAGAAGGCGCACCUGGAAGACUACUACUGGAUGACCGGCUACCCGCAGCAGCUGAACCCCGAGGCGCUGGGCUUCAGCCCCGAGGACGCGGUCGAGGCACUCAUCAGCAACAGCCACCAGCUCCAGGGCGGCUUCGAUGGCUACGCGCGCGGGGCGCAGCAGCUGGCCGCGGCGGCCGGGGCCAGCGCCGGCGCCUCCCUGGGCAGCAGCGGCGAGGAGAUGGGCCCCGCCGCCGCCGUGGUGUCCGCCGUGAUCGCCGCGGCCGCCGCGCAGAGCGGCGCAGGGCCGCACUACCACCACCACCACCACCACGCCGCCGGCCACCACCACCACCCGACGGCUGUCGCACCCGGAGCUGCGGGCAGCGCGUCCGCCUCGGCCGGCGGCGCGGGCGGCGCGGGCGGCGGUGGCCCGGCCAGCGCCGGGGGCGGCGGCGGAGGCGGCGGCGGCGGCGGCGGGGGCGCGGCGGGGGCGGGGGCCUCCCUGCACCCGCACCACGCUGCUGGCGGCCUGCACUUCGACGACCGCUUCUCCGACGAGCAGCUGGUGACCAUGUCGGUGCGCGAGUUGAACCGGCAGCUGCGCGGGGUCAGCAAGGAGGAGGUGAUCCGGCUGAAGCAGAAGAGGCGGACCCUGAAAAACCGCGGCUAUGCCCAGUCCUGCCGCUUCAAGAGGGUGCAGCAGAGACACGUCCUGGAGUCCGAGAAGAACCAGCUGCUGCAGCAGGUCGACCACCUCAAGCAGGAGAUCUCCAGGCUGGUGCGCGAGAGGGACGCGUACAAGGAGAAAUACGAGAAGUUGGUGAGCAGCGGCUUCCGAGAAAACGGCUCGAGCAGCGACAACCCGUCCUCUCCCGAGUUUUUCAUAACUGAGCCCCCUCGCAAGUUGGAGUCAUCAGUGGGAUGCACAUGUUGGAAGCCCCAGCAACGUGUACUUACCAGUGUGUUCACAAAGUGAAAUUUAUGUGAGAGCUGUACAUUAAAAAAUAGACGAGUAGCGUUAUUUGCAGUUGUGGAGAACAGCCAACCCCGACCCCUCUGUUUAGGGUCCUUUUAAAGGAAAAAUUAUUGUGUUAGAGAAGAAGGCGAUUACGUGUGUAACCUCCAUGCUAAUUAACCAUGGCUCUUGUCUGAGGGUCUUAAAUACAGAUGCAUCGGAAAGCCAACUCGUGAUUCUGGCUUUACAGUGUGCACAACUGCAUAGGUGCAACUUGUUUUCAACCUGUAAUGUUCGUUUUAUAAAUCCACUGAAAUGACAAGUUUUUAUAUAUAUAUACACACACACACAUACAUAUAUAUAUGGAAGAAAGUUCCCCAGAAGAUAACAGCUAGUACUUUCAAAGCAUAUGUAGAUGUGCUUACUCUAAAUAGUACCUUUUCAUGCUUCAUUGUUUCUCUGGCAGAUAAUUUUACUAAAAAGAAAAAAUAUCUGACUCCACCUCCCCAAACGAAUGUCACUGGCAGAAGCUUUAGCUGAGCCUGAACACCCUGGUUUUCUCAUAGGCCCCAGAUAGCAUUGUUUUUAUUAGUAAUGUCAAACGUGUUCAUUAAUCAGAUGUAGCUGUAAAUGAAAGCAACGUGUGGCAAAAUACAAAGUUAAAUACACACCCUCUGUGUGCUUUAUUUUAUUUUAUUUUUUUCCAUUUUCUGCUCCCAAGCACUCACAAAACCACGUCCCUUUACUUUCCCUGCUUCUUGCAUGCUUCCUUAUUCAAAAACCACGUAAUAAUUGUUUACAGUGUAUCUCACACAGGAAUAUAUUGACACCAAAUAAGCGGAGGUCCUACUUCCUGAUCUCAGAGAGGAAAUGAUGUCUAGAUAUCAGGUCUAUCUGUUGCAGUGCCAGAACUAUCUGGGCCCCCUUUAAACACAGGCACCCCGAUGGCAACCAGACCCGUUGCCAUCAAGGUCGAUUCUGACUCAUAGUGACCCUAUAGGACAGAGUAGAGCUGCCCCAUAGGGCUUCCAAGGCUGUAAUCCUUACAAAAGCAGGUUGCCAAGUCCUUCUCCCUCAGAGCAGCUUGUGGGUUCGAACAGCUGACCUUUUGUGCUCUUAACCACUGCAUCACCAGGGCUCUUUCCCCAAUACUCGGUCUAUUACUGAACCCAUGAUGCUACCUCUGCCUUCACCCUUGUGUUUUUGUUUUUUUUUAAUGUAAUCAUUCUGGAUACUUACAUUCUUAAAUAGAACCUCCCCUUGUUACCCCACCAGCUUUACUGCUAAAAGAGGGCAAGUAGUAGCCACCCUCACAAACAUGGACUGCAGCUAAGUCGCUGCAUUCCCGAUGUUUCCUCGCCCACAUAACUGAAGUUUCUGGUGACACAUUUGAAGGUUCCCAAGUAUGUCGGGAGGCUUUUACUGUGGCUGCUGCUACUGUUUAUGUUUAGACUAACUUCCCCAUUCACACAUACUUAACUUUAUGAAAUGUGCUCCUCGGGUAGGUGAGGCCAAUCAAUAUAUCUAAAAGUCUGCAUUUCGCAUGGGUAUCCCCAUAUCUUGCCUGUCGGUCGUUCAAGACGGAGACAGGUUGGAAGACAAAAAUACACGAGCGACAACCUUCAGCCAUCCAAUUUCCCAAUUUCCGUGCCAGUAAAAAAACAAAACAAAACAAAAAAACCCAACCAAGCUCAGGCCUUCACUCUUAUAGAAUAAACAUGCAAUAAGGGGGGGCAAGUCAGGCUCACCAGCUUCGGAUUGCUGAUUUGCAAAUCGCCCCACUGAAAGUCACUUUCAUUUGCUUUUUUUUUAAAAAAAAAAAAAAGCUUGGCCCUUCCUUUGAAGAAAUAAAUGUCUUAGUUUUUUAGGAAGCUUUAUCUGCAAUGAUAGGCUAUCCUUUUAACCACUUCUGAUCAUUCUUCAGGAUCCUGAAUGAAUAAUGCGGAGUCCAUGCUUCCCUUGUUGCUUGGAGGAAAAUAAGAAAAACCUCAAAGUCUGUCUCCACUCUUAGCCCAUCCUCAAUGUAAAAUAGAUGUCCCAGGGCCAAGGCAGGGCAUCCAGUAGCCACAGAGGAGGUGGACCAAGGACCAGCAAGGAGAAUCUGGCUUUGCGUGUUUGUUUUUGCAUUCGUUGAAGAACAGAGCAGGGCCUUAAUCCACUUUCUGAUACCACUGCUUUUCUCGCUUUUUGAUAUAAAUCUCCAAAAUCCAGACAUCAAACAGCCCCAGAAAAGGGGAAUUCUCUCCAAGGGCUGCUCUGCCCAGCUCCUGAACAAACCCCGUCUGUCUGGCGUUUUGCUCCAGCGGGGGUAGGGAACAGGGUGAGAGAAUUCCAGGCUCCCAGGCGGCCUCCUGACUGUUGAGGCAUAAAGGAGUACAGUCCUACGACGUGGUGGGAGCAUCUUCACCCUUUAGAGAGAAACAAAACAAAAAAUUAAACAAAUUGCUGUGCCUGAAGGCGUAGCAGAACCCAGGCUCCCCGUUCCCUGCACUGGCUGUAGGAUGUGAGAAAUACGGGAUCCAAGAGGGUGGUGAGGAGGGCUUCGGAGGCAAGAUGCACGAGGCCAGUCCAAGGAAUGAUUCCAGCUUCCAGCCCAAAUUUCACCUGCCCAUCGGCCAAGUCAGACCCAGGGGGCACACAGGCCAGGUUCAAGCCAGGGCUUUCUGAUGUCUUGUUCUUCAAAAUAUGUCCACAUGUCAUUUCUUUUUUUGCAGACAAUUUUAAGGAAUUUUAGGGAACAAACCCAAAUUUAGAGAUCUGAGAAAACUGUCAAUGUUUUUACUUUCGGGUAUUUAUAAAUACAUCAAACUGUGGUUUUAUGGUGAUAUUUUGGGCCAAUCAGAGAUGAUAUGCCAGUAUUUAUAUGGCCACCUCAGUAGUUGUGUGUGUGUAUGUGUGUGUGUUUUAUCACUACAAAUUUUUAUUGUCUAAUUUUGAAAGGCUUUUGUGUGUUUUCCAUAAGUUUCCCUAAUAUUUUAAGGCUGACGUAGAAAAAGCGUGUCAACAGCACACAGAAAUUAGAUCUUUAGAGGAAUUUGCCUCUGAGUUGGACAGUUUUAAGAAUAUCACCCUUAAAACUGGGAACUCACAAAACACAUUUUCCACAGAGAGGCUGUGAUUGGAAUGUACAUUUCCUUACUCAAAUCAUAAAGAAUCCGCUACUGGGCACCUCUUCUCUUGCUCAACAAAAUUCAUACUCUUUUCCUGCCUUUUUUGUUAAAUAACAACUUUCCCCAUAACUGGGACUUGGGAUUGCAAGAUCACAUUCUUCCCUUCAGGCCUAAUUUAUCUUGGAUCUUUAGUUACAAUUAGAAUGGGGCAUUAAUUCAAGAAGGGAGGAUGAGGGAAGGGUUUCUGCGGAGGCUUGGGAAGAGGGCGGAGAAAAGAGGACAGGGUUCUCAUGUAUCUGUCCCCACACCCAACAGCCCGGCCCAACCCAGGCCUGGGUGUACGUUCCAUAGUUGGUGUAUUCUGAGUUUCUCUUUCUAAAUAUUUCAGUCGCCAACCUUGCCUCUUUCCAAGCUAAGAUUCUAAAGAGCGGUUUUCCACAGGAUUAGGGAACAAGGGAGGCCACGGCCUUAUAGGACUGGGAGGAAUGAAAGCCGCUGUUCCGAAAAGUCCCAGCAAGGAAGGCUGUGAAUUGAACAGUGGCCUGAAAAUUCGGGGUCAGGGUGUAGGCGCUCUUUUUGCGACCACAUUCACCCUAAUUCUAAGUGACCCCAUCAACAUCUGGAGGCCUGCAGAAGUGGGUUUCUGGACAACUCUGCGGGUUCUCCAGAAGCAAAGCAGGCCUGAAGAUCCCAGGGCAGCAGGUAUCCCAAACUAGGCCCCCCAGCAGAGGAGACGUGGCCAGUGUGCAUAGGAUAGGAAGAGUAUCACUAACAGGGGCCAACCUUGGCUUAUGACCCCCAAUCUCAGGGGGUCGACUCCAGGUCACCCCCAGGGCCCCCACUUCCCACCAGGAAGGCUCUGUUGGCAGGGUGACUGACAAGCCACUUACAGACCCUGAGCUCACCGUGGAUUUGUAGAAACAAUUGUGAGGUCCUUAGCACAGGGCCUCAGCCCCUUACCACCUGACCUGUCCCAUCUCUGCGUUCUCCCCAUAAUUUUCGGCCCCCUUGUUCCCAUGCCUGGUCACCCAGGGACAUCAGAGAGACCCAGGGAUCACUGCCCUCAGGCCAGAGGGCAGUCAUGGGAGCUGAAGCCUUGGACCCAAUAAGUCACCCCUGCCCUGGUUUGUGACCUCCUUUAAGCAGACCUAGCGGAGGAGGGGAACGAGGUCUGGGCAGCCACCUAGGAGAAGAGCUGGGAGGUGGCUCAGGAAUGUUGCUGGCAGGAGCUUCUGGUGGCAGGGAUCUUGAAGCCUGGAAUGAAGGCAAUGAAGGCAGGAAGGAUGCUGAGGUUGUCCUCCUCCCCAUUUCCAAGCACAGGGACACCCUACCCUCCACCUCUGCCCCUCCCUAUAUACUCCCGCUCUGUGAGGCCCAGUGGCUCUGGGCAUCGCUGUCUUGGGCUCAGUGACUGAA